AUGAAGAGGGCUGCGGAUGAGGUGGUGGAUGGUGGAGCCAAGAAGCCGGUCUUCCUCACCAAAGAAAAGCGCCAAAAGCUCGCCCUCCAACGCCGCCGGGAAGAAGCCACUGCUCAGCAGAAACGCCGCGCCGAGAUGCUUCUCCAACAAAAAACACCCGCUGCUAACAACAGUCGCAGGGCCCGCGACCGCGAUUCUGAGCGCCGGAACCAUGACCGAGAACGCGAGGACGAACACAAGGCCCGGAAGCGUGCUCGCCUGGAGAAAUUAGAUGAGAAACAACGCGAGAUUGAUCUUACCGCCAUAAAGGAACAGUAUAUGGGGUCUGAGAAGCCCAAAAAGAGGGUGAUUAAGCCGAGCGAGAAGUUCCGAUUCUCGUUUGACUGGGAAAACACCGAGGACACCUCCCGCAACAUGAAAUCCUUGUACCAAAACCCCCACAAGGCGAGUCUCCUAUUUGACAUUAAGGUCGAUCGACACUGGUCGGACAAGAAGCUGGAGGAGAUGACCGAUAGGGAUUGGAGGAUUUUCAGGGAAGAUUUCAACAUCUCUUACGAGGGCUCUAAGAUCCCUCGCCCCAUGAGGAACUGGGCUGAGAGCAAGUUGAGCGCUGAGUUGCUGAGGGCGGUUAACAGGGCAGGAUACAAGUCUCCUUCCCCGAUUCAGAUGGCCGCCAUUCCUCUUGGCCUUGAGCAGCGAAACGUGAUUGGCGUUUCCGAGACAGGAUCAGGUAAAACGGCCGCCUUUGUUCUUCCUAUGCUGACUUACAUAACUAGACUUCCCCCUAUAAGCGAGGAGAAUGGGCCCUACGCAGUUGUCAUGGCACCCACCAGAGAGCUUGCUCUGCAGAUUGAGGACGAGACCACCAAAUUCGCUCACUACAUGGGGAUUAAAGUGGUUUCUAUUGUUGGCGGGCAGUCCAUAGCAAAACAAGGGUUUAAGCUUAGGCAGGGAUGUGAGGUUGUGAUUGCUACUCCUGGGCGCCUUCUCGAUUGCCUGGAGAGAAGAUAUGUUGUUCUGAACCAGUGUAAAUAUGUUGUUCUUGACGAGGCUGAUCGAAUGAUUGACAUGGGUUUCGAACCUCAAGUGGUGGGUGUAUUGGAUGCGAUUCCUUUGAGAGAGGAUGAACACAGAACAACUUACAUUUUUCAGUAG